AUGGGUGGCGAUAGCGAGGAUCCUUACACGAUGGAGCGGUGGAGCGUAGCGGUUGGAAUCGUGUAUUUCGCACCUCAUCCACUAGUAGACACCUGGUGCUCUGGUACUGCCAUUGGUUGCUCACCCGCUAUUUUUUUAAUGAUGGAACACACGUACCCAUCAUCGGUCAACGCAACAUUAACGACAGAAAAUCUCUGGCGGAAAUUUCAUCAGCAUACGACUGAAAUGAUAGUCACAAAAGGUGGACGGAAAAUCUUCCCAAAAUUAGAGUACAAAGUGUUUGGGAUGAAACCAGACGAACCAUAUGCGCUUAUGCUACGAAUAGAACGAGUUGACGACAUGAGGUACAAGUUCAGCGCAGGUGAAUGGUCGGUGAACGGGAAAGGAGAACUUCGCACCACUGCACGUGGUAUCCCACAUCAUGACGGAGCUGUUGACACUGGACGUGCAUGGAUGAGCAAGACGGUCUCGUUUGAUCGAGUUAAAGUGACCAACAAUCUACAGGACAAUGACCCGUUUCACGUUGUCCUCCAGUCGAUGCAUAAAUACGUCCCCGUCCUGUACAUCUAUCAUAUGCCAAGCUCUAUAAUGUGGAUGGAUCAAAAUACUCCAGCAUUGGAUCCAUCGUGCCUCGUCGCUGCACUCAGGUUUGAUUUCACUGAAUUCAUUGCCGUAACAGCUUAUCAGAACAAUGAAGUCACCCAGCUGAAGAUAUCGCACAACCCAUUUGCAAAAGGAUUUCGAGAAGGUUCCGAAAGAGACAGAAAACGCACAUCCAUAAGUCCUUCGUGUAGUGAACCAUCACCGAAAAGAAUCUCACCGAUGACAUCCGAAAUGAAGCAGAAAUAUGAAGGCACACCGUCUGGAAGCAAUCCGUUUUUGUUCCCAUGGGCAGCCAGUGGCGAUCCGAAUCGACCUAGGAGUUAUGAGCAAUUUCCUACUAUGCAGUGGUACAAUUACUACCAAAAUUCACUCUAUUCACCAUUUCCGUAUUAUUAUCCGUAUAUGCCAAACUGCUAUCCAGCAACAGCGCCGGAAUGUGCCCCGUAG